CAAUCACAUCUUAACAGAGUUCCAAGCGAAAGCAAAGAUAUUUCAAAUAAUCGAAUUCCUUGGUCAAUGUAACUAUGAAAGACGUAUUUAUUAUUGAUUUCAUUGCUGGUUGGGUUGGAGGGCUUGUUUCUUUGGCGUUUACAUAUCCGCUAGAUACCAUCAAAGUGCGACAACAGAAUUUUUCGGCAAGUCUCUACAUAGCAAUUAGAGAAACUUACAGACAUGAAGGCAUAUUAGCAUUUUACAAAGGUCUUUUAUCGCCAAUGAUCGCGUAUGGUCCGAGUAAUUCAAUUUUUUUUGGAUUACACGGAAUCUGCCUCAGAUGUUUGCAGCAUAGGUCCAUAUAUCCAUAUAUGGUUGACAACAAUAUGAACGAAUUUUAUCUCAAACAAUUUUAUGCAGGAAGUUUUGCUGGUUUUUUUCAAGCUGCAGUUAUGUGUCCAGUCGAAUUGGUAAAGACCGUCCUUCAAACAACAACUGACGGUGCAAGCCCCUGGGUACACAAUUCAUAUACAAUACAAUAUUCAGGUCCCGUCGAAGCGUUCCGUGGCAUUAUUAAUCAAGAUGGUUUUAAAGGAUUAUAUAGAGGAUUUAUCCCUAUGCUGAUCAGGGACGUGCCAACAAGCGGAAUAUAUUUCGUAGUUUAUGAAGCCCUACUUCCAGAAAAUAGAACUGUUUAUUCAUACUUGUGGGCUGGUGGAUGGGCAGGCAUCUUGUCGACAAGCACAGUGUUACCAGCCGAUGUUGUCAAAACUCGAAUUCAAGCAGACAAUCCUAUAUAUCCUUCAUAUCACGGUUCUACUGAUUGUAUCAAGAAGCUAUACAAUGAAUUUGGAGCUAGGAUUUUCUGGAAAGGACUUCCCAUUAUAACCCUUAGGGCCUUUCCAUCACAUGCUAUAAUGUUUGUUGGAUAUGAAAUUACUAUUUACCUGCUGCAAAGUGUUUAAUAAAUAAAGUAGGACACCGUGAGAAAAAUAUUUCAAUACUGUAAUCUGUACCUAAUUUUGCAAAAAUUAGCUACAUAUAACAGAAAAUAAAAAUAUCUUCACGACUCCUAUUUAAAGUGCUGAAAGGGUGUAUGACUUGUGGAACUCAAAUAAAUUUAAUUUAAUAACGGAAGAGACUGACGUCAACCCGCGCAACGGCUGUUAUACAUAGAAAUCGGAUAUAAAAAUGUGGAAGGAAAACACAAACGAAACUAACGCCAAUAUA